AUGACACCAUCAAGAAGAAGAUACGACUGUUCUCAAGAGGCGCCUGCAGACCUGUCAGAUCCUAGGAAAGCCCUCGGGAUUACGCCCAUGAGCCUUGCCGAGCAGAAUGAGGAGCUUCUUCUGCCAUCGACAUAUGUGGACGAUCCGUCACCUGCCUGGACGGUAUGCGCCGACACAGAUGCUUACGGUGCUACGACGCCCAUUGUCUGGACACUGUCCGAAUGCGAAGGUUCCAAAGCGUUCAUAGGUGCCUUUCCGACAGUGACAAGCGUCAUCACCCACCGACUUCGCAAUCCGACAAACAUCUUCUCCAUCGUCGACGCGUCCGAUCCUGGUGCCGAUACCCACACGGUCAGUCACAGGAGGCAAGGCGAGUUUUGUGAGCCACUACGGAACUUGCAUGCGAGGUUCGACAUGCCGGGACAGAGUCGCACAAAGGGUCGAAAUCCUGCUGAGCGCAUUGGUCACCAGGUGGCAUCUGCGGCUAUAGUGCCUGCUCGUCCGCGCGAAUCGCCGAGCGGACAAGUCGGGAAGUAG